AUGAAGUACAUCUUGGUCACUGGUGGGGUCAUCUCGGGCAUCGGUAAAGGGAUCAUUGCCAGCAGUAUUGGGACGAUUCUAAAAUCAUGUGGACUCCGAGUGACUGCCAUCAAAAUUGACCCCUAUAUAAACAUCGAUGCGGGCACUUUUUCACCUUAUGAGCACGGUGAAGUGUUUGUCUUAAACGAUGGUGGAGAAGUUGAUUUAGACCUUGGAAAUUAUGAAAGGUUCUUGGAUAUUAAUCUUUAUAAAGACAACAACAUCACUACUGGGAAGAUAUAUCAACAUGUGAUCAAUAAAGAGAGGCGUGGCGAUUACCUGGGGAAAACAGUACAAGUUGUCCCGCACAUUACUGAUGCUGUCCAGGAGUGGGUUAUGAAUCAAGCCAUGGUGCCUGUGGAUGGUCAUAAGGAAGAGCCCCAAAUAUGCGUUAUUGAGCUGGGUGGCACCAUUGGAGACAUUGAAGGAAUGCCGUUUGUGGAAGCAUUCAGACAAUUCCAGUUUAAAGCAAAAAGAGAGAAUUUCUGUAAUAUCCAUGUUAGCCUUGUCCCGCAGCCCAGUGCUACCGGAGAACAAAAAACCAAACCCACACAAAACAGUGUCCGUGCGCUGAGGGGAUUAGGCCUGUCUCCCGAUCUGAUUGUCUGCCGGAGUUCAACGCCCAUCGAAAUGGCUGUGAAGGAAAAGAUUUCUAUGUUUUGUCACGUGAACCCUGAACAGGUCAUAUGUAUCCAUGAUGUUUCUUCCACCUACCGAGUGCCUGUGCUUUUGGAGGAACAAGGCAUCGUUAAAUAUUUUAAAGAGAGAUUGGAUCUGCCCAUUGGGGAUUCUGCAAGUAGUUUGCUUUCCAAGUGGAGAAAUAUGGCUGACAGGUAUGAAAGGUUACAGAAAACAUGUUCCAUUGCCCUGGUUGGCAAAUACACCAAGCUCAGGGACUGCUAUGCCUCCGUGUUCAAAGCCCUGGAACACUCAGCCUUAGCCAUCAACCACAAGUUGAAUCUGAUGUACAUAGAUUCCAUUGAUCUGGAGCAGACUACUGAAACUGAGGACCCUGUGAAAUUUCAUGAAGCUUGGCAGAAGCUCUGCAAAGCUGAUGGUGUUCUUGUGCCAGGAGGCUUUGGAAUCAGAGGAACGUUGGGAAAACUCCAGGCAAUUUCUUGGGCACGGUCAAGGAAGAUUCCUUUUCUGGGAGUUUGCCUUGGGAUGCAGCUGGCAGUGAUAGAGUUUGCAAGAAACUGCCUUAACUUGAAAGAUGCUGAUUCCACAGAAUUUGAGCCAAAUGCCCAUAUUCCUGUGGUGAUUGAUAUGCCGGAGCACAACCCUGGCAAUUUGGGAGGAACGAUGAGGCUGGGAAUAAGAAGAACUGUUUUCAAAACUGAAAAUUCAAUAUUAAGGAAACUUUAUGGUGAUGUACCUUUCAUAGAAGAAAGACACAGACAUCGAUAUGAGGUGAAUCCUAGCCUAAUCAGCCAACUUGAGCAGAAAGACUUAAGUUUUGUAGGUCAGGAUGUUGAUGGAGAGAGGAUGGAAAUCAUUGAACUGGCAAAUCAUCCCUAUUUUGUUGGUGUCCAGUUCCAUCCCGAGUUUUCUUCUAGGCCAAUGAAGCCUUCCCCUCCAUACCUGGGGCUGUUACUUGCGGCAACUGGGAAUCUGAAUGCCUACCUCCUACAGGGAUGCAAGCUGUCUUCAAGUGACAGAUACAGUGAUGCCAGUGAUGACAGCUUUUCAGAGCCAAGGUUAGCUGAGUUGGAAAUCAGCUGA